CUAUAAAUCACCUACUGGGCAGUGGAUUUCCCAAACCGAGCUAGUAGUAAUCUUCUGAGCAGAAUGUCAGCGCCUCUGUUUGCCUUUGUGUGUUGCCUGGUAGUAGGAGUUGCCCUCGGAGCUGGAACUGAGGAAUCCUUCAACUAUAGAGAGCAGUCGCUGUGGGGUGGUAUCUGCAACACAGGGCAGACUCGCCAAUCUCCCAUCAACAUCAUCACGGCAGAUGUGGUCCAGAACCCAAACCUGUCAGCCUUUGAGUUAAGUGAGUCUUGGACACAAGCCACUGCUAGUGGGACCUUUAGUAACCUUGGACACAAUGUGCAGUUCACACUUGCUGCCAACAGCCCGGCCAUCACCACAACGUUUCCUGUUGGAGAAUAUAAGUUCCUUCAAAUGCACAUGCAUUGGGGCAACAGAACUGGGACUGGAUCCGAGCAUCGAUUUGAUGGAGAGCAAACUGAAGUGGAGAUUCAUUUUGUGCACAAACGAAUGACACAAGAGGGAACAACCAGUGAGAAUGGGCUGGGAGUGAUUGGGGUGUACGCUGAAGUGAGUGAGACACCUGUGUCUGGAUUUUGGGCCACUUUAAAUGCCAGUCGAGUGCAGAAUUCUGGUGACGAAAUCAAUAUCACAGACUUUAUGCUUUCCAGUAUGCUUCCCACCAAUGUAAACACCACUGACUACUAUCACUACGCGGGUGGUCUCACCACUCCUAACUGCACUGAAACAGUCCAAUUCUUCCUACUGAGACAGAGGAUUCCAGUACCUGCAGCUUACCUCACCUAUCUUCGCUCCACCACAGAUGAUGCCGGAGAACCGCUGGACUUCAACUACAGAGAUCUCCAAGGUAUCAACGGUCGUAUUGUGGAGAUACCUGGAUCAAGCACAAUGGUCAGCGCUUCUCUGAUGCUAGUGGCUGCAGUGGCUCUCCUCGCAGUGACUGGAAUUAGUUAUUAGUAUAUUAAAGAGUGUGAUCUGUAGUGUAGAUCUAGUAUUUUAGUUUUUUGUUGCUA